AUGUCUCUCUCCCGCUCCGAUCAGAUCGCCGAAUACGGCUGGACUUCUCUCCCCUGUGAUCCAGCAAAAUGGGGAGGAAACAAAAAGUACAACAAAGAGCCUGUCCCACAACUCUGUUCUUCUAUUCCUCUGCCAGGUACAGCUCUGGUUAAAGCAGCAAUCGAGCAUGUGAAGCAGGAACUGCCCGAACAUACGUUUAAUCACAGUAUGCGUGUGUUCUACUAUGGCAUGGCAAUCGCAACCCAACAAUUUCCCUCCUGGAAGUUUAGUUCAGAGACAUGGCUACUAACCUGUCUCUUCCACGAUAUUGGGACAGUGGAUAAACACACUCACGGCACUCUCAUGUCUUUCGAAUUCUACGGAGGUUAUCUGGCCAUGGAUCAGCUCAAACAAUUCAACUCUCCCGCAGGACAAGCAGAAAGCGUUGCUGAAGCGAUAAUACGCCAUCAAGAUCCCGUGGAAACCGGCACCAUCACCACGGUCGGCCUUCUGAUACAACUUGCGACCCAAUUCGAUAAUAUGGGAUAUCGUGCCGGAUAUGUUCAUGAAGAUACGAUUCAAGAUGUUGUCAAGAAUUACCCUCGUCGCAAUUGGUCCGGUUGCUUCUCAAAGAAGAUUAGAGAGGAGGUGGAGGUGAAGCCUUGGUGCCACACCACCGCUUCUACUGAGAAAUUUCCUCACGAUGUCGAGCAUAAUGAGCUGAUGGCCCCUUAUGAUGACAGCUAUUAG